AUGGCUGCCGUACUCUGUGAAAACUGUUCUAGUCACUACCACUACACCCAGGUCAACCAGCCUCUUGAAAUCAGCUGCAUGUUGCUCCUGAUUAUGCUCGGAAAAGUGUUCCUGGAUUUCUUCAUGUUGCAAGUUAAGCAAAAAAAUGUGAAAGUUAGUUUUAUGGGAUACUUUUGCGUUUCAUUGGCACUUCUCGAUUUCAUACUGCUCACAAGUAUAUCUUUCAUUUUCUGUUUUGAAGACUUUGCACUCUGGGGUGUGCGAUUUACAAAGUACCACAUUUGCUUGUUCACUCAGGUGAUUUCUCUCACCUACGGUGUUUUGUAUUACCCAGUAUAUGUUGUGGCUGGUCUGGAUUAUUACAUGACUAUAGCCCAAACCUCUCAAUUUCCUAGGAGAGGUCAAAGAUUACUUUAUGUAUUUGCUGUGAUUGUUAUAUGGAUUUCAGGGUUUUUUUGUACUCUGAAAGUUCCCGCUACCUACGAAGAACUAGGAAUUCAGGACCGUCCUUCUUAUCAGUGUCCUCUCCAUGCCAGCACACAGAGCUACUCAGUCUCAUGUGCCAUGGUGCUGCUCCUGGGCACGGCUCUCUUGGCUUGCUGGAAGGAAGUCGUAGCCAUGCUGCUGUCUGUCAGGGUCGGUUCCUUCGCCAGUCAGCCUGUUCUGAUGUUCUCCUAUGUAUCUAACAACGGCGCUUGCUUUAAGUGGCAGCUCCUGACGAGACUUGUCAUCUGUUUUCUUGGCACUUGGGCACCUUUUGUUCUUCUUCAGGUGAUCAUUUUGUUUCUCGGUGCUGGGAUUCCAGCCUACAUGGAGAUGAACGUCCCCUGGCUGUACUUCAUCAACAGCUUUCUCAUCGCCGUAGCAUACUGGUGUCGAUGUCAUGAUGUUGAAUUGACAGAGGAGAUGUGGUCUACAGAUCCAUUUGUCAGCUGGAAAUUCUGCUUUAUGCCAUUUAACAAUGAAAACACAGAGCCAGCUGAUAAGCCGGGCACAGUAAUUGUAAUCUGUUAA